UUUGCUUUCACACACAAAAUGGGCUCCUGCGGUGCUCUGUUUUUCCUCUUACUUUUAUUCCCCACCGUUUUCUCCGACCUGGCGGCGAACACUGCCGCCCUGCUCCGCCUCCAAGCCGCUGUGAGAGGCCGUACACUCCGGUGGAACACCUCUAGUCCUAACCCCUGUUCAUGGGAAGGGAUCAAGUGCGAUAGCUCAAACAGCAGUGUGAUCGAGCUCCGCCUUCCCGGGGAUGGCCUCUCCGGUCAAAUCCCGUUAAAUACUAUCGGAAACCUAACGGAGCUCCGUGCACUUAGCCUCCGUCGUAAUUCUCUCUCGGGGUCUCUACCUUCUGAUUUGGAUUCGUGCACUGAACUGCUUAAGCUUCACUUAGACGGAAACAACUUUUCCGGCGAGAUUCCGGUGAAUUUUAACAAGUUGACGAAACUGAGAUUUUUGCGGUUGGAGGAAAACCAGUUCAACGGAACACUUCCUGAUUUGGAAAGCCUUUCCCAUCUUCGCGAUUUCAACGUCUCUUUCAACAGAUUAACAGGUCCGGUACCGGUGAGUUACUCAAGAUUUCCGAAUGAAUCAUCGUAUGCGGGAAAUUCACUCUGCGGGGGCCCACUUGAUUCUUGCCCUAACGAUAACGGCGACGGAGAUAAACUCUCCGCCGGGGCGAUCGCCGGAAUUGCGAUCGGCACCGUUAUCGGAGCACUGUUAGUCGUUUUAGCUCUCUUUAUUUUGUGGAGAAAUCGCAGAGGUAGGAGAAUUUCCGCUCAGGUGCCGAUGUCGCCGGAGAAGCCAUAUCCCGUUUUGGCCACAGAUAACCGCGAAUUAGAUAACGGGUUUUCCAAUAGGGGAGUGGUCAAGAAAGAGGGGAAUGAAGGCAUUGUGUUCUUUGAAGAAAAUAAUGAAAAUUUCAGUUUGGAGGAGCUGUUGAAGGCCUCAGCUGAGGUGUUGGGGAAGGGGAGUGCUGGGACUACUUACAGAGCAUAUUUGGAUGGAGGGGGUGAGGUGAUUGUGAAGAGAUUGAAAAAUGUUGGUUUAGGUGAAAAGGAAUUUAGGGAGAAGAUUGAGGUUUUGGGAAGUUAUAGGCAUGAGAAUUUGGUGCAUCUUUUGGGAUAUUUUUAUGGCAAACAUGAGAGACUUGUGGUUUAUGAUCCCAUGCCCAUCAGCCUGUCUGAGGCAUUGCAAGGGAGCAGAGGUGGGUACAGGAAAGCGCUAACAUGGGCAGCCAGGGGGAAGAUCGCCAUAACCGCCGCUCGAGGAAUUGAAUACCUCCACUCCCGCGGCCCCAAAGUCGUCCACGGCAACCUCCACGCCUCCAACAUCCUACUCACACACUCCAACGUUGCUCGCCUAUCCGACUUCGGCCUGCUUCAACUCGCCGCGUCUACGCCGCCACCCAAAACGAACCACAGCGGCUACUGUGCACCGGAAAUUGCAGGUGAACGAAAACCCUCUUCUGCCUCCCAGAAAGCCGACGUGUACAGCUUCGGAGUUGUACUGCUCCAACUUCUGACCGGUAAAGAGGGUAGCGAAGAGGGAAUUGAGUUGCCACGAUGGGUGCAAUCCGUGGGUGAGGAGAGAUGGAUGAUUGAAGUGUUUGAUCCCCAGAUAAUGGUUGAAGAAGGCCAAAACCCUGGGGCUGGGGACCAAAUUAUUCAGCUUUUGCAGCUUGCCAUUUCUUGCACCGCUCACCACCCAAACACUCGCCCUUCCAUGCUCCAGGUUACGCAUCGCAUCCAACACAUUCUCAAUACCUAAUUUCUUUCAUUCUCAUCACCUCCCUACUGGCUAUGACAUAUUGAUAUUUGUGUAUCAGUGUAUGUAGUAUAUAUUUUGAUUUUCAUUCAAUACUUCCAUUCAAAUCAAAUAUCAUUUUUUAGCUAGCAUGCAUUAUAUUUUAUUUUGUAAAUUGAAACAACACUUGGAACUAUCGAUACACUAUCUUCACAGGCUCAUUGCUUA